UCCCCUCUCCCUUCAAUAUCAUCAUCAUCAUCCUUCGAGUUUAGUGUGUUACAUCUUCCCACGCUAACUAAAACCCCUCCAUCCCACUGUGAAAGUGUAAAACCUCAACGAGACAAAACGGUCGCUGAUGGCGCUCAAAACCCCUUCCACAUUUCUCUCUCCUCUCUUUCUUCCGAAGCACUACACUCUCUCUAUCUUCAACCCCGUAUCCCUCAAUAUUUACAGAAAACCCACUCCCCUUUCCUGCAAAUCCACUCACUCCCACUCCCCAUCUCAGUUGCCACUCUCCGAUACGAAAUUGCUUUCUUCCGAACCCGAAGGAACUGGUGCAGCUUCUCCGACCCGGGGAGACCGGUUUCUCGAAAGGCAACAGGCUGACGAGGCUGCCAAGCUUCUUAUAAAGGAGAUAAAGAAGACUAAGAAGAAGACGAAGAAGGUUUUGAAGGUUAAUACGGCAACCGCCUGUUGUUAUGGUUGCGGAGCUCCAUUGCAGACUUCGGAGGUGGAUGCUCCGGGUUUUGUGGAUAUGGACACCUAUGAAUUGAAGAAGAAGCACCACCAGCUAAGAACGAUUCUUUGUGGGAGAUGUAGGCUUUUAUCUCAUGGGCAUAUGAUCACUGCUGUUGGUGGGAAUGGAGGUUAUUCUGGGGGGAAGCAGUUUGUUUCAGCUGAUGAGCUUCGGGAAAAGCUCUCUCACUUGCGAUAUGAGAAGGCUUUGAUUGUUAAAUUGGUUGAUAUUGUGGACUUCAAUGGCAGCUUUUUAUCUCGUGUGCGUGAUCUUGCUGGUGCAAAUCCUAUAAUACUAGUUGUGACUAAGGUUGAUCUUCUUCCAAAAGGGACUGAUUUUAAUUGUGUGGGUGAUUGGGUUGUGGAGGCCAUUACAAAGAAGAAGCUUAAUGUCUUGAGUGUGCAUCUUACUAGCUCAAAGUCUUUAGUAGGGAUUGCUGGAGUUGCAUCAGAAAUCCAAAAGGAGAAGAAGGGACGGGAUGUGUACAUUCUGGGAUCAGCAAAUGUGGGAAAAUCUGCAUUCAUAAGUGCCUUACUAAAAAUGAUGGCACAAAGGGAUCCAGCAGCUGCAGCGGCACAAAAGUACAAACCAAUACAAUCAGCUGUUCCCGGAACUACUUUAGGACCAAUCCAGAUUGAUCCUUUCCUUGGAGGAGGGAAAUUAUAUGAUACACCAGGGGUUCAUCUUCACCAUAGGCAAGCUGCAGUAGUCCACUCAGAAGAUUUACCUAUCCUUGCUCCUCAAAGUCGGCUCAGAGGUCAAUCAUUCCCUGUCUCCUCCAAAAAUGGGAUGGUAGGGAAAUUCAAUUCCGAUGGCUUAAAUGGGUUCUCAAUAUUUUGGGGUGGCCUUGUCAGAAUUGAUGUCUUGAAGGUUCUCCCAGAGACAUGUUUGACAUUUUAUGGGCCAAAGAAGUUACCCAUUCAUGCUGUACCUACUCAUGAAGCAGAUGAAUUUUACAAGAAAGAACUUGGAGUUUUGUUGACACCACCAACUGGAAAAGAUCGAGCAGGUGAAUGGAGAGGACUGGAGACAGUGCAGCAAUUGCAAAUAAACUUUGAGGAUGCUGAAAGACCUGCUAGUGAUGUGGCUAUUUCAGGACUGGGGUGGAUCACCAUUGAACCGAGACGCGAGUCACUUGGAAUAUCUGAAAGUAAUUUUUCAGAAACAACCAAACAAUUGGAUAUUGUGGUCCAUGUACCCAAGCCAGUUGAGAUUUUCGUUCGGCCUUCAAUACCCGUCGGUAAAGCUGGAGCAGAAUGGUACCAAUAUCGUGAGUUAACAGAAAAGGAAGAAGAAAUAAGACCAAAGUGGUACUUUUGAGGGCUUUUUGUUUAUAUGUUUAUUUGUUUUCUUGAUUUUCUAUGUAUGCGCCACUAAUUUAAUUGGCAUGUUAUUGUUCGUUAAGUUUAGAAAUGUUUAUGCCAUUGCUGUAUGCUCAUAGUGAAACUGAGGAUACAGAGAGGAGUUUGCUUGUUCCACAAA